UUUUUUUUUUUUUAUUACACCAUGGCGUCUGAACAAAGUACAGGAACAGUUACAAAAUCUUCAGAUUCCAGUGAAGCUCAGUUGCAUGAGUGUUUGACAUCCAUUUACGAUGCCUCACGCGCAGCAACCGAGAUUAGUGGACUGGAAUCCAAGUUGGAUUCACUUACAUCGAUUCGUAAAACACUGAUUAGUGGGGAUAACAUUUCUCCUGGUAAUCUGGAACAAAUGAAUAAAACCAUUGAAGAUUUACAAGCCAAGAUUGCCGACAAACGAAAAGAAAUCAAUGAGGCCGAACAAAAAGUGAUUACAGGUUUCAUUCGAGUCAUCACCGAUGUCAGUGGAGCAACCAUGUCUGUGGGUGAAGACAUUGUAGCACGAUGCUCAGCGGCCCUCAAGACCUUUAGCGAGACACUUCAUCAAGAGUUCCGAUCAACAGCACUACGUACAGAAGCUGCCUUAAAGGAAUUACGCGAGAAUAAGAUGGAUAUCACCGACCGCAAGACCUUACAACACAAUAUGGAGGAGUUCCAAGCCCAUAUCACCAAGACACAACAAGAGAAUGUACAAGAGAUGCGAUCAGACAGUGCUGGUUUAUUCACCACCAUCACCGAAAAGAUUGGUCUCCUUUGUCGUCAAUUUGAUCCGGUGAAAGUGGCUGCCACUGUAGAGGAAGAGGUCUUUGCCAAGUUGGAUGAAAAGAUUCAGGCUCAAUUGAGAGAGUUUAGUCACGAAACAGAACGUGCUAUCGGUGCAACAAACGAAAAGGUUGGUAAUAUACCUGGUACUAUCACCAAUGCCGUCAAACAGUUGAUCAGUGAUAAUAUCAGUCCCGGUAACAUGCAACGUCUCAUUCAGGGCUUACCAGAGUAUCAGGCCAUGAAGGAGGCUGGUGCUCAGUUAGCCGCUAAUAACAAUAGUAAUGCUAUAAUUGAUAUCGAUCCUCAAAACUUGCCCAAUUUCGAAGCCAUCAAGGAAUCCGUCGGUCGUCUCUCGCAUGAUUUGGUUGAGGUCAAGCAAUGCACACAGCAGUUACGUGAAACCGUCGAUCUUUUACGAACUCAACGUGUAGGUCCCAUCACCCCCAUUGAACCCGGUAAAUUCGAUUUCUUGGUCGCUGUGAAACGUAUGGAAGAAAUGGAGCGUGAGAUGAGUGUGAUCCAUAACAAUGUCAAAAUGAUGGAGACGUUGGUAACCGUCAAAUCCACAGCCGCUGCCGCCGCCACCACAGAUGAACAGCAGAUGGUGGUAGGUCAUAAGCGAGCUCGUAUUGAGGGUAUGUCUUCCGAUAAUGCAAAUACAGAGAUCCUAGCCAUGUUGAAUGAAGUGGAAUCUAAACAUCAGAAAUUAUUGGAUUUCAUCUUGCAGUGUAAAGAUACUGUCCUGGAUGAUUUAUUCCCUAGUCGACUUGAGGCUGCCAUGGUCAAGAUUGAACAAGUCUUGAUGAACCAUGAAAGCUUUAUUCGAUUCUUGGUAGAUCCCUUUGCUGCUGCUCAACAAAAGACUUUGGUUCCUCAACAAGUACCUGAAGGCAUGCUUUCUCCUGCCAUGAUUGAUGCUAUUUCUCAAUUAGUACAAAAGACAACACAAGAAUCCACUGAACCCUUGGAAAAGAAGAUUAAAUUGCUUGAGGAAAAGUUAAAUUCCAGAUCUUAAUAACCCCUUCCUCCCCCCCCCCCCUUUUUCAACCCAUUUAUAGUGAACAAAAGAGCUCUAUCAAUUACUUAACAACAACAACAAAAAAAAUAUCAACCAUGUCUUCUUUCUCUUUUUUUACCCCACCUCCAUUCACCCAGACACAAAUACUUUUUUAAAAAAAUUAACAAUAAAAAAAAACACUAUGGCUCUUUCUUUCGUGCUCAUGUCCUUGUAUCUAUGCGCAGAUCA